CCAUGGCUGUAGCUGCUGAUUUUCCAUUUGCAGAUCCAAACGAAGGCUGAGUGAGCAUCUCGGAAACAGACCCAUGUACAGAGGACACUGACAUGACUCGCUAAACACAGUGCAACAGAUAAAGAAUUGCCUUCAUCGGCACCUAGCUUCAGUGCUGCCAAGACUCAACACUUAACAGCCACCUCCUCUUUCUCCUCUUCAGCUGCUGAAGCCUUGCGUCCAUUUCACUCCAUGAUUUUGCUGUGGAGAGCAGAUGGGAAGACGUUGUCCUGAACAGCCCCUACUCUACAGGACAUUGUCUCUGGGGAUAUGACUGGGGAUGCCUCUCCAACAAAAGCAUUUCGAUACCAACAAACUCUGCUUUAUGGCCAAUAUACAGACCAGGUAACUGACCUUGCAGACAAGGAAGCAGCAAAACUACUGAAUAAGAAGCAGGCCCAAAAGAACAAUGAAAGACCCCUGAAACGCGAUAGUCAAGUACAGAUUAAAGAAGAGCACUAUUCCAAAUGUCAAGACUGUGCUAGACGCAUCCAGAAAUAUGUUACCAGGAAGCUUGGAGAGGACUGGAUUUUCUUGAUUCUGUUGGGUCUGGUAAUGGCGUUGGUGAGCUGGGGAAUGGAUUAUGCCAGUGCGAAGAGCCUACAGGCCUACAAGUGGAUGUACAGAGAGCUGCACCCGAAUAUUCCUAUGCAGUAUAUGGUGUGGGUCACAUUCCCGCUUGCUCUUAUUCUGUUCGCGGCCAUUUUCUGCCACCUCGUCUCUCCACAGGCUGUUGGGUCUGGGAUACCAGAGCUAAAGACCAUUAUGAGGGGAGUGGUCCUCAAGGAAUAUCUCACUCUCAAAGCUUUUGUGGCCAAAGUUGUGGGCCUCACAGCUGGGCUUGGAAGUGGCAUGCCUGUGGGGAAAGAGGGUCCUUUCGUGCAUAUUGCCAGUAUCUGUGCUGCAGUACUCAGCAAGUUCAUGUCAAUCUUCUGUGGUGUGUAUGAGAAUGUGCAUAGGCAGUUCGACCUCCUGGUGGCGGCUUGUGCAGUUGGAGUUGGAUGUUGCUUCGGGGCUCCUCUUGGAGGGGUCCUUUUCAGCAUUGAGGUCACUUCCACUUACUUUGCUGUGCGCAAUUAUUGGAGAGGUUUCUUUGCAGCUACCUUUAGUGCCUUCAUUUUCCGAGUCCUUGCUGUUUGGAACAAGGAUGCAGAUACCAUCACAGCCCUGUUCAGAACAAACUUUCGCGCUGAUUUCCCCUUUGAUCUGCAAGAGCUGCCAGCAUUUGCUGUAAUAGGGGUAUGUUCUGGAUUCCUUGGAGCAUUUUUCGUUUAUCUCAAUCGCCAAGUGGUCCUAUGUAUCCGGCGUCAUACAGCCCUGAGCCAGUUUCUCACCAAACACCGCCUCGCAUACCCUGGGGUUAUAACCUUCCUUAUAGCAACUAUGACCUUUCCUCCUGGAUUUGGACAAUUCAUGGCAGGAGAGUUGAUGCCACGGGAAGCCAUCAGCUCUCUCUUUGAUAACUAUACCUGGGCAACGUACACAGGGGACCCUCAGAUCCUGGGGAAGUCUGCUGCCUGGAUCCAUCCUAAAGUCAGCGUCUUCAUCAUCAUCUUCCUCUUCUUCUUUAUAAAGUUCUUGAUGGCUGUCAUUGCUACCACGAUGCCAAUCCCCUGUGGAGGCUUCAUGCCUGUUUUUGUCCUAGGUGCUGCAUUUGGGCGUCUUAUUGGGGAAAUCAUGGCAUCACUUUUUCCCAAUGGAAUCCUCUUUGAUGGAAUUGUUUAUCAAAUCUUACCUGGAGGGUAUGCAGUCAUUGGCGCAGCAGCAAUGACAGGAGCAGUGAGCCACACUGUCUCCACUGCUGUGAUCUGCUUCGAGCUGACAGGUCAGAUCUCUCACAUCCUCCCCAUGAUGGUGGCUGUCAUUCUUGCCAACAUGGUGGCCCAGAGUCUGCAGCCCAGCCUCUAUGAUAGCAUCAUCCAGGUGAAGAAGUUGCCCUACCUGCCAGACCUGGGCUGGAAUCACAUAAGCAAAUACAAUAUCUUUGUUGAGGAUAUUAUGGUCCAAGAUGUGAAAUUUGUCUCUUCCAACUGUAAAUACCGAGACUUGCAAACUGUUCUCCAAAGCACCACUGUUAAGACUUUGCCUUUGGUGGACUCACCAGAGACCAUGAUCCUUCUGGGGUCUGUAGAGAGAUCUGAACUGCAGGCUCUCCUCCAGAGACAUAUAAGCCCAGAACGGCGACGGCUUCUCCACAGAGAAAUGCAGCAGAAGCUGUCUGAGGCACCCUACGAUGGGCACAGCAAGGGACCGUGGGCAACCCUGCCAAAGCUGAAGCAUGAAUCUUUUGCUUAUGUUGAUGAGGAUGAAGAUACAGAUGAGAAGGGAGAGCUGCCUCAGCCCCCAAGUCCCACUCCCAGUUACACAGAGGAGCCCAAUGGCCCGACAGGUCCUCUUAAACAAAUGCCUGAAACUUCAGAGCCGCAGCAACUCCGAGGCAAUUUCAGGAGUUUGAGGCAACUGAUCCAGCAGCUCUUGUGCCAUUACAGCCAUUCACGUGCAACAGAGAGUGCUGUCCAGGAGCCAGUGGAAGUUGUUGAAACAAUGAGGCCAGAAGAGAUAGAUGCUUGGGAACAGGAGGAACUGAACAAGAAUGUGUGCUUUGACAGCUGCCGCAUAGACCCUUCCCCUUUCCAACUGGUGGAGAGAACUUCCCUGCACAAGACACAUACGUUAUUCUCAUUAUUGGGCCUCAGCCAUGCCUAUGUCACCAGUAUGGGGAAGCUGAGGGGAGUGCUGGCAUUGGAAGAGCUCCAGAAGGCAAUAGAGGGCUCCACACGCUCUGGGGUUCGCCUGCGCCCACCACUUGCCAGCUUCCGUGAUACCAACCGGACUUCCAUCAGCAGUGAGAAGGCCGCUCAGGCCACUCAGGUGUGGAGCCAGCAGGACGACUGCACGGUGGCAGCACAGCAAGCAGCGGACUUGCGCACAGAGAGCCCAUUGCUUCCCUGCACACACUCCCCCCAGCACUCACACUUGCAUGAAGAGGGGGAAGUCCUGUUCUCCACUUCUGCCACUGAUACCGACUUGGAAGAGAUGGAGCUGACAGGGCCAGUUGCUGAAAACAUCUCAGACAUCCUCAAGGACAUAAGCCUACGCUCCACUGACCUGGAUGAGGAUGAAGAUGAGGAUGAGGAUGUCCCCUUAUAGCUGGUGUGAGGGGAGUAGUCAUUCACACUCUUCAGUUGAGCCAGUUUUCUUGUGUUUGCUCCUCAAAGAGAAGCUUUUGGAUGUUCUUUGCAAUUGCCACAGAGGAUUGAUUCAGCUGGGAAAAGGGGCAUCAGACUGACCCUUUCUAUUGCUGCUUUCUUCCUGUGGAAAGACUGUUGGACUAUAUGGGUGGGUGCAGGAGUCAGAUGUGGACUGCAAGGUGGUUAAGAGUGGGCUCAUAAUACUUAGGCUUCUGCCAUGUUUAUAUAACAUGGUAGAAGGGAUUGUAACACAACAUGAAUACUGCUGGGCACAGUCAAGAUGCUCUGGUUCAAUCUGCCAUGUGGAAAGUGGAGAAGGAGCAGCUUUUCUCAUUCUCAAUUGGUGUCAUCUUGGAAUUGGUGUCAUCUGUGUCACAGCUGGCUGCACAUACCAAUGUAAACACAGCCAAACCUCCAGCCUAGGAGCAUAUUGCUGCUUCUGACUGCAAUCCUGUCCAUGCUGCCACAGUUCCUUUUCUCUAGCUCUUAUCUUGCAUCCCCCCCAACAUUCCCAUGUAGAACAUUUUUCCUCUUUCUCAAUUUUUACUCUGGGAUUUUCUUGGGUGGGUGUGCAGUUAGGAGCUUCUCCUCUGGCCUUUAGCUGAGCCAUGCCCUAAAAAUAGAUAGGAGGAAAAUAUUUAGUCUAUGUCUCAUGUCUUGAAUUCAGCCAGGGCUCUAAGAAAAGCAGUAGAAGUGAGGAAAGCCUCUUUGUUUUCCCAUCAUGUCUGGAAUUUUUAAAUAGAGUGGGAAAAUCUUAAGUGGGUGUAUCCUCAGUGUUGGAGGAAGAGGAGUAAAACAGCAUGUGUGCACCUAUAUUUCAAAUACCUGUGAUUGUCUCUCUGAAUCGCCAUUUUUACAAAGUUACAGUCUUAAAAUAUAAGAACUAAAAAAAAAGAAUUAUGGAAUGUUAGCAGGCUGACAGGAACUACAGAAGAGGGAAGCCACAUGUUCUACACCUUGAAACAGGUUUAUCUCUGAAAAUUCCUGCUCUCUUUCCUGGUAAUUCUACCCUGCCUCCUUUCCACAUAUUUCUGCAUAUCUGGAAUUCCAGCUCUCACUUUUUCCAGCUUGUCUUCAUUGUGACUAACAGUAAAGACCUCAACCCUUGUCUGCAGCAUCCCCCUCUAUUCCAGUUCUGAAUCUGGAGCAGAUCUUGAUCUCUAUCUUGCAAAAAGAUGUCUUGUCAGUUUGUGUCAUGCAUGCGAAACCUCAGCAUCCAAAGAUAAGAUGCUGCUUUGUUUAACUCACUGUCCUUGUGAGGUUUUCUCAGUAAAUAGGCAAAAUCAAAUCCUUUGUAUUCUGUGGCUUUCCUCUAACAUUCUACAUUUCUUUCUAUCACAUUUCUGGUGUGUCCUGGCACUUAGGUGAAGUCUCAAGCAGCCUAUUGGAUGUAUUUCCACUUACCAGCAACAGAAAGGAAAUGUAGGCUCUGAGAAUAUGUUCUUGGAGGGUAUUCUCCCUGAUGUUGGGCCACAUCCCUUUCCUGGUAUUAGCAAAGCAUCACCUAACUCAGAGUGACCGGUUUCACCUUAAUGGGCGAUUUUUCAUAAGCUGUCUC